CCUUGGGGGCCAGGCAAGGAGGAGCGGGAAGAUGCAGCGGUGGUGGUGGGGCGGAGGGUGGCGGCCCCAUGGCCCGGCCCCUGGAUGGCCCCGGGUCCCCGCCCUCCCUCUCGGCUUCCUCCCGCCGCCCGCCUGCGCCUGGGGGGCUGGUCCCGGGCGGGCGGAGGGCUGAGGGUGGCGCUGGCCCGGAGGGCGGGCGAGAGGGGCCGGGGGGGUGGAGCUGGGGAUUCGGGGGUGUACCCAGGGGCGGGAGGCUGGACCGGGACUGCUCUAAAUUGGCUGGAGAGGGGGCCCCGUCGGCGGCGAAGUUGCUAGCUGGGGGCAGAGACGGCCACGCGGUUGCAGGAAUUGGCCAACGGCUCCUUUCAACCCUGCCUCGUUGGUGGCCACUGGAGAAGCGCGGGGGGCUCCCCAGACAGCCGUGGGGACAAGUUAGAGCCAGCACUUUACCCCGGGCCUCGCGUGUAGCUUUCCCUCCCCUGUUCUAGGUGCCCCAGUGUCCAGAGGGGGGGUGCGGGUGUGCCCUCCUUACAUGUUCCACCGCCCGGGCAACCCUUCUGUCUCGUGUUCCAUCUCGCUCUUGCUUCCUGUACCGUAGUCAAGUGGAGCCACUUUGCAUCAUGUCCCGGUAUAGCUACCAAAGUCUCCUGGACUGGCUCUAUGGGGGCGUCGACCCCAGUUUUGCAGGCAAUGGGGGCCCCGACUGUGCUGCCUUCCUGUCUUGGCAGCAGCGGCUGCUGGAAAGUGUGGUGGUCCUGACCCUGGCCCUGUUGGAGAUCCUGGUGGCCCUGCGGCACAUCCUGAGGCAGAAGGAGGACGGUAGGGGUGGCCGUAGCAGCCAGCCACAGCAGGUGACCCAGCGGCCAGAGGAAGGCAAGGAGAGCCUGAGCAAGAAUCUGCUCUUAGUAGCCCUGUGCCUGAUCUUCGGGGUGGAGGUGGGCUUUAAGUUCGCCACCAAGACCGUCAUCUACCUGCUCAACCCUUGUCACCUGGUCACCAUGAUGCAUGUGAGUCUGUUGACUUUUUCCUGGGCAGCCUAAGUGAUAAGUCAUUUGCGUGCUCGGGACACUGUAGUGUAGAGCACUUCGUUCCCGUGGGAAGUGGGACCCUUAAACAUGAUUUUCCAACCAGCAUCUGCCUUUGUGCUCAUAACUUCGGCGUGGCGCAACGGGUCAGCCCUACAGUGGCGGUGAGAAACACUAGAAAUGACUUGCACUCAGAGUCCCAUGCCCCUCCCUCUCAGCUCUGCUGGGGCCUGGCCUUUUCACCAGCCGGAAGUCCAGCCCCAGCUAGGUGACCAUUCAGAAUCACGUCUGUGGCACAUGUCCAGGUACUCAUGCCUUUUGUAGUAAUUUCCCAAGGAGCCUGGUGGCAGGCUUUCCUGGAGGUGGACACACAAGCUUUCUUGUCUCCACUGUGGUACAUUGGGGAAAUAAUUUUAGGGGUUUCUCUUAAUGACACUUUCAUUUGGGAGUGAAUGCUCUCAGGGUGAGAUCACCUUUUGGGUUGUGAGACACUUGAGUAACCCAAAGCUCCUAAGAUCCCAGGUUGGAGAUCUCCAUCCUAUGUGAGAGGGUAUUUACUUUUUUCAGAUCUCUCCUCCAUCUUGCCACUAGGAGUGUCUGUCCUAUGGUCAUGCUCCAAGGGAGCUCAAGAGAGCUGUUUUCUUUUGCUUUCCUGAUCUCUACCCAUUAGCUAUGCUAAGGCAAACAAAUGGGAUUGAUAGGGGAAAUUACCAGCUAGGUACCAGUAAUCGUCUGUGAGGACCCAAGAGGGAGAUUUUCUUUACUCAGCCUGCUCCAGGAUGGUCUGAAGCUAUAAAUUCAUGGAGCAUGAGGAGAAAAGGAAGAAAGGGAAGGCAAUCAGGUCUUUUGAGAUUCCAGGCUGUGGAAAACUUUGUGUGUUUUACUGGGAGUAGUUUGGAGGCUGGCCAUCAGCAUCUUUAUUGCUUUUAUGUUUGUUGAAAGGUAUUCUCAGGAGGAUUGUGACAACCCUGCAUAGGGAUGGAGGUUGAGAUCAUUAUCCUCAUGUUAUAGGUUUCAGGAUAGAGGUCACUUGCCUCAAGGCAAAGAAAAAAAAAGGAUUAGCAUCAGGGACCAACCUCAAACCCACACUCCUUCAGUCCUAAACCAGGGGUGGCUGAGGGUGAUGAGGCCUUCCUGUAGAAUUUGACUGUGUAGUUGUGGCUCAGAUGUUUGCUAGCUCCCCCUUCCUAAAAAUCCAUUUGUUUACCCAUCCUUGGCCUCAGUGGAGAAUGACCUUGGCCCCUUGGCAUCUUGCAGAAGUGUAGAUAACUCUUGAAUAAAAGUGGUGUUAUCGAUCAAGCCACUAAAAGCAUGGAAAAGAGAUGGGGUGAGCAGCGGUUUUGUUUUUUGUUUUGUUUUGUUGCUUUUUUUGUGGGUUUUUUUCUUCUUUUUUUGAGAGAUUUUUGGGAAGGGGUGCCAUCAUUCACAGUAAAGUCCAGGCUUGUCUUAGCUAGACCUUCUGUGCUAAUUUGACCGGUCCUCUUUCUUUCUUUUAAAUGAAUGGCCUUUUUGUUAAUGAGGGGAAACUACACAUCUGAGCUUCUGUUGUGUGUGCCUCUUCAGACAGGAGUGCAGGUGGUCGGUCAGAGGGUACUUCUACAAAGAGGUCUGGAGGCCUCUGGCAACCACAGAUCUAGAAGGUCAACAAAGGGCUAAAUUCAGCCUCACUGGAGCUGUUUCUGGUGUGAUGACCUCAAACCUGGAAGCGCCAUGGCUUUUAACUAAAAGGUUUUAGAGGCUCUUAAAAGACUCAGGAGACCUGGAAUUAAUUAGUCGUAUGGCUUUGGGGAAAGUACCCUUUCUGAGCCUCAGUUUCUCUACCUGUAAGAUGAGACAAGAGUUGGACUCCUAGCCUUAACAGUCUGUUCUGUGAUUUGUUUUGCUCCAUAACCAUUGGGUAUAUAACAGAGACACUUUGAAAGGCUUUUGACCUCCUUAUGCAAAAAAGGGAAACUGGUCCCUGGGGAACUCAGGUAGCUACCUAGUCCACCCUUAGCUUUUGCUCCACAUGGCUCUCAGUAAAAUCUUCCCGGCGACACUUGGGUCACAUGCAAAGCAUGGUGGCACUUGAGGGACAGAUAGAUGUUUGCGGGACUAGCAGCUGAUUUUUGUCCCCCUGUGAGUGUUUUUUCCUCCUCUCAGAUUAUGCCCAACAGCUAUAGGGUGAAGGCAGAGAAAUGAGUCCUGCUGUUACAUUCUUGCAGUGUCCUGUACUCCUUUGUCCUCUAUUCCCAAUCACUGCUUUAACCUAGUAAGUAAGGUUCUACGCUUUGAUGCAUCUAACUUUCAAUGCCUUCUGUGUGCCUCUUCUAAGAAGCAGGACUGUGGAUUUUUUUCAAGUUGAUGAAAGUCAGUUAUAAAAAAAAAAACACAUUAACGUCGGAUGGUUGCAGUCAGUGUUCUGUUUUGGAUGCAGGAAUGACUAAUGAUAGUUUGGAAGACAACUAACACCUUACAUUUAUCUAGCAUUUUAGUGCUCAUAAAGCACUUUCAUAUGUAUUAAUCUUAUUCAAGGUUCUGAUAGAUCAGCUUAGGCCUGGAGAAAGUGAUGUUAAAAUGUUUCCUGUGACUGUGUCUAUUGCAAAGGGGAGAUAUCAUGAAUCAGGAGAUGCUUUUUGCAAAGGAAUUAGCUGAAAUUAGGCUAUAACAUAGUAACAGGCCGUGGAGAUGGGAGUUGAAGUGAAAAGGAGUUUCAAGGUGAGCAUGCUCAAGCUUUGAUACUAUCCGCUGUCUAGGGUGUGGCUUUGUAGAAAGAUCUUUUCUAGGAAAGUCAGUUUUAGUAUGUAACAAGGGCUGUGUUACUUUAGGCCAGGAAGUAGAGGAGUUGGAGGGAAAUUGAUUCCUUUCUCCAGCUCUCAUUUUUCAGUCUGCAAAAUAUUCAUUUGCAACGCCUUGUUACACAGACCCUCGUCACAGCCACGCUGUGUUGGGUGGCUGCCAACUGUAGUAAUAUAAGGAAGGCCAUAACUUGUGUCUGGAUUCUGUCCCUGAUUAACAUUCCUGCUGUUGAAUUUCUUUUUGGUCUCAUGCGAUUUCUCCGAGGUUUGAGGAUGGGAGACUGUAUAGGAUUGCACCAGUUCCCAGCCAUUGGGCUGUUUACCAAAAAUCUCGCUGCUGCAACUUAGUGGCGCAGGUGGCUUUAACUCUCAGCUGCCACAGUGGGAAUCUGGGAUUAGUCAGAAGAGAUUCUUGUAGCUGUUUAAGUCUGGGGGGGGGGGGGAAGCUACAGUUUCUCAGCAGAAGAGUUAAAAUAAAUGCCAGACAAUCUAGACGUGAUGGCGAAUGUCUGCGAUCUCAGCACCAGGACAUUUUGGUAAGACAGCAAGUUCAAGGCCAGUCUGGCCUACAUAAUAGGACUGUCAAAUUGAAACAAAACAGUCUGGCUCAUUGUGUUGUAAGGAAUAGGGAUCUACGACUACCUUUAACUUAUAGACUCUUGUCUGUCAGUCUGUCUGUCUUUCUUUCUUUCUUUCUUUCUCUUUCUUUCUUCCUUGCUCUUUGUUCUUUCUUCGUUCUGAACACAUCUUAACUUACUUUAUUUUCCCAGAAUCUAAUUAUGUUGUGUUUAUUUUAAGAACUUAAUGAAAAGAUCUCCUUUUUCUAUGCUUUGUUUAAUUGCUAAAUUCCUGUGGGCUCUGCAUGUGUCUGUAGUAACAUCUGAUUAGGCACUGAACUUAGCCAGGUACAACAUAUGCAGUUUAAGCUUCAGUGCCUGCACACCUGAAGCAGGCCAGGCAUUUAACAAACUAUCAUUUGUGAUAAUUGACCUGUAGCUUCUAGCCAAUAGUUUUUAUUUUAAUUUUGUCAGUAAUGCUGAGAUUUUUCUCAUUUUGUAAAUUUAUUUUAUUAUUAUUAGUGUGUAUGUGUGUGUGUGUGUGUGUGUGUCUGUGUGUCUGUGUGUCUGUGUGUGUGUGUGUGUGUGUGUCUGUCACUGAACACACAUACCACAGUGCAGGUAUGGAGGUCAGAGCACAACUUCCAGAUGUUAGUGAUCUGAAACAUCUACUCUAGGACCUAAAAAUAGAGCUCAGGUUGACCAGCUCUCACGGCAAGCACUUUUAUUCUUUGAGUCCCCUCUGCAGCCUAGCCCUCUCUUUUUAGAAGAAUUGUGUUUGUUAUUACAUGCUCUGCCUUUUAAAAAUAUAAUACGUUAGAGGUUUGAUUUCUACCAGAUAGGACUUUCCUGCCUUGAGUUUGCUAAAAGUUAUCCCCCACUUCUUUCUCUCUUUUACCUUUCUUUUUUUCCUGUCUUUCCCUCCCUACUUCCCUCCUUUCCUCCUCUCCUUCCUUUCUUCUUCUUCCUCUUCCUCUUCCUCCUCUUCCUCCUCCUCCUCCUCCUCCUUUGACCCCCUCCUCCUUCCUUUUUUUUUUUUUUUGUUUGACACAAGAACUGACCAUUCCACUCUUGCUGGCCUGGAGCUCACUUUGAAAUAAAGAUGGCCUAAAAUUCACGGGCCUUUGACUCCUGAGUGAUGAGAAUAAAAGUGCGCCCCCCUCUCCCCUUCUAAAAGUAUGCAGUGGUUUGUUAGUCACAGGUUCUGAGCUUUGGGCUGGGCUGGAGCCCAGUAGGAAGAGUACUUAUUUUGCAUGCAUAGAACCCUAGGCUUGAUCUUUUCCCCCCAGCACUUGAUAAACCAGGCAUAGGGGCACAUGCCCCAUAAUCAUAGUACUGGGGAGGUACGGACAGGAAGAGUUAGAAGUUCAAGGUUACCCUUAGCUGCAUAGCAAGACUGAGGCCAUUCCGGGAUAUAUGAAACCCAUGUCAAAAAUUAAAACAAACGUAACUGCACUUUUGGUGAUAUCCUCUGUGACUUGAAUACUCAGUGGUACAGUUCUACAGACUGACUGAUGGAUUUGUUUAGGAGAAGAGAAAACCUGACAAAGACUUGAGAAUGAGGAUUUCUGUUUUCCCCCUUGACUUCACAUGAGACACAGCUCCUCAUUCCCCAUCUGUUGUCUGGAGCACUGAUCACCGUUCCUAUAUGGGACCAAUGUUCAUGGGUAAUGGGUAUAGUGAGGGAUCCGGGAGUUGGCUGACAGUUUAUCACAUGGGCUGUGUCCUUUGUCAUGCGACCAGUAGAAUUAAUGUUUAUAUGGGUCUCGGCAUUGAGGCAUGACAUUAUUUUAGUUUGUUUUAGUCUUCUCUCCAGAGAAGAUUGCAGAGAACUUCUCCAUCUUUCAUUGUCGGCAGUCUUUAGGAAACUACAUUUAUUAUAAAUAGAGGUGCUGUGGAUUGGCGAAUUAAGCAUCUCCAUCUAACACUGGAGUUGAGUAUUAUUGGUGCGGAUGUCUUUCUGUGGGAACCUGAACAGAUUAUUUAACCCUUUGCUUUCUAGCUCUUUGCCAUGAAAAUGAACACAGGGAAAGUAAAGCUUUUUAAUCUGCUAAUUGCCUGUGCAAUCACUUACCCAGCUGGGCAAAGCUCAUCAAAAUGGCAAAGGACCAAUAUGUUCUUGCGUUCGACUCAGCUCCUUUUCACUUUUCCCGAUGGCUACCAAGAGCCGUUUUUUCGAAUAAUCCCUGUUGCUUUUCUCUGGAUCCUUGCCCAGGUUCUCAUACCCUUGUAAUGCACAGCCUGCAAAACUGGCCACUGUAACUCUUUGCAGAGGUCCAGCCUGUACCAAGCAGAGAGGAAUGCCUUUUCCUCUCAGCCUUUUCAUACCUCUCAGCUUUUUCAUACUGUGCACCUGUGAAUACCACCCAGCACCAUCCUGCCUGCUUUCAAACAGCGGUAUGUUUCUGGCUUCUGCUCAGUUUCCCAUUGCAGCCUUACUGAAUUUUUAUUAACUUUUUUUUCUUUUUUUUUUUUCUUUCUUUUGGAGCUGGGGACCGAACCCAGGGCCUUGUGCUCACUGAGCUAAAUCCCCAACUCUUUUUAUUAACUUUUUAUAACAUACACACACACACACACACACACACCCCGCUCUCUCAGUCUUCACGGGGGUUUGUUUUGGAUCCUUUCCCUCUGUGAGUUCUCCUCUGAGGAUUCUCCUCUUUGAAACCUUUCUAGAUGAUCCUGACCUGACUCCAAUUAUUCGAAUCAUUCUAUUAAAAUCCUUUGUCCUCCUUUCCCAACCCUCUCAGCACUUCUCAGAAUAUUGGGAAAGGGGUUGGGUUAUAGUGUGGCAGCAGAGUGCGCUUAGUAUGCGUUUUGUUUAUUUGGUGAGGGUUCUUGUUUUGGCAUGCUUCCUCAGUUUCCACCAUUGCAGUAGGAAAAGCCACAUAAUAGCUUAAUUCCAUGCAGACCCGAGUGUACCGAUGUUGUGGUCCUGGAGACAAAGUGACUGACACACUUGAAGGUUUGUUUUUUCCGUCUCUCCUGGUGGGCCUCGUUCCCUUCUGAUCUCAUGGACAUGGUUCAUAUGUCUCUUGUGCCCAAGAAGUGAGUCUUCUGAUAGGUUUUUCAAAUGGCCAGAGGGUAGAGGCAGGCUCCAUUCUAGAGCACACAAGUCUCAUAGAAUUUCCACCAUAAAGAGCUGGUUAUUAAAACCAUGGCCCAUUCUGGAUCCGAUGGUGGCCUUCCUCCUGGUGAGGAAAAAAUGCUGUUGGACCUUUGUCUUUGUCCCUUGGUAGACAUCUGGGCAUGACGAUGGAAAUGUCUUGUUUUAAUAGAUAAAUAAAGAGAAUGUCGUUAGGCCAGUGACUCACUUUUCCUUUCUCCUGGUCCCUUUAGUGACACCUCAUUGUCUUUUUGUCUACUUGAAAUAUUCUCAAUGAGAGCCAAGUUUUUCCUCUUGUCCUUGUCUUUCAUAUCUUUAUUAUUAUCAUUUAUUUUGCAGUGCUGGGGCAUAGACUGCAUACUUUGUGUGUACUGGACAAGCGUCACCCCAGUGAGUUAUCCCAAAGCCCCCUUUUGUUUCUUUUACUUUUUCUUUUCUUUGUGCUAUGCAUAUACAUUGAGGGUACGUCAGUCUCAGAGGCCCCUAGCUGGCCAGGCUGAACAGACAUGAAGAGGUGUAGAUACAGAGAGUAGUGAUUAUCUUGUUAUAAUGUAGAUGCUGAACUCCCUCUAGAACCACCUAAGCAGGUCCAAGAUAGCGAAUGAUGGCAGUAUGUGGUUUUGAUUUUCUUUUUCUUUUUAAAAAAUUUUUUUCUUACUAUUUUUUGAGCCAGCAUCUUCCUAUGUAACCCUGACUGCCCUAGAACUCACCAAGCUCUGCUUGCCUGUGCUUCCUUAGUGCUGGGAUUUAACAUCCUACCAUAAGGGGUGGGUCUGGCAUUCUAAAUACUAUUGGGUGUUGGGGGGUUGAGAUACUGGCUCCCUAUGUAGCUCUAACUGUCACUAUGUAGCUCACUAUAUAGACUGGGUUGGCCUUGAACUCACAGAGGUCUGCUUGCUUCUGCCUCCCAAAUGCUAGGAUUAAAGGCAUGUGUCACUACACCCUGCUAGGCAUUCUGAAUUUUAAAGAAACUCCUUGGCGGGCUGGGGCUAUAGGUCCCCUUGGUAGAAUUUCUGCCCAGCAUGUACAGUACUGUGUCAUCAGCUGUAGUGGUCAGACCUGUAAUCCCAGCACUCCAGAGGUGGACUGUCUCUCCCGAAAACAAAACUCCCUCCAAACUAAACCAAACUCCCCUAGUCCAGCUUCCCAUGUCUGGGAGCUGAAAUAGUAAGUGGGAAGAUGGCUCAAGUACUUCACUUCUGAUUGUUGUGAAACUGGGCAGCCUAUGGGCAAGGCAUUUAGACUUCUGGUAGUGGUGUGUAUGGUUUGGUAGGACAGACUGUGUAAGGUAGUUCUUGUAGUUACGUAGUUUGUGUAGGUGUAUAGCAUAAGUGACAGGAUAAGGUCAUCCAAUUUUCUAAGGUGAGUUUUAAGGAAGUUAUUACAUCAUUAGAGGAUUUUGAGUAGGACUUUGUCAUUUUCUAGUUCUUUUUCAUUCUCCUUUAAGCCAGUAGGUUCUCCCAGCUGCCAGGAGGCCCAUUUUGACACCAGGUUGUUGCAUCCUAGCUCUCUGUAUGUGAGACUCUUGUAAGUGGUUGUAAGGAUUUAUUCCUUCUUAAUUUUUUGAGAUUUUUAACUUUAUGUGUAUGGAUAAUUUGCCUGCAUGUAUGUCUCAGCUGCGUGUACGUCUAGGUACCAUGUGUGUGCCUUGUAUGUGCUGGAAGCCAGAAGAAAGUAUGGGGUCCCUGGGGGCUGCAGUUACAGAUGGUUGUGAGCUACCAUGUAGAGAACGUUGGUAACUGAACCUGGAUCCUUUGCAAGAGCAACUUUUGAGCCAUAUCUCCAUCCCCAAAUCUGUUAAUUUCUAUAUUUAUUUAAUAAACAUUUAUGAAUGUCUGUUGUAUGCCAAAUAUUGGAGCCAGGCACUGGAGGUUUAACAAUAACUGAUAAUCAGGGUUGGGUCUUAUGUGAUUCAUAGUUUAGAUGAGAAAGAUAAGACAGUGGAUCAACUCAUGUAUAGUGUUUAUGUGUAGAGCCAUACAUAGAAGGGGAAAGUGUUUUUGAGAAGGCAUUUAAGGAACUUUUUUCCUUUGAGGUGACAUUUGAUUUGAGCUUGCUCAUGUAGGAAGCACAUUAGCUUUGUGAGAGCAGGGGUCUUUCUCUUGUUCUCUGUUUACAUACCUAGAAUGAGGCCCAGCAAAGAGGGAAAGAAGUGAAUGCUAGCUAAGAGGCACAAUGUAUGAGCCAGUCAUGGGAGCACAGGUCCUCUAUUCACAGCACUGAAGAGGCAGAGGCAGGCAUUAUUUUUUAAGUUUUAGGGUAGCCUGUUCUACAUAAUGGGUUCCAGGCCAACCAGGGCUAUUUAUAUAGAGAUCCUGUCUUUAAAAGGAGAGUGAGAAAGAAAGAAAGAAUAAUGGAUGGAUGAAUGUGUGAAAGGCUGAGGGUGCUUAUCAUAUUCAAGGCCCUCAAUUUGACCCUGACCCCUGCCAAAACAAAAGCAAAAAAUCGUUGACACAGUGCUGUUGGCUCCUUCACAGUAUCUCAACUGUAACCUGAGGCUAUCGGGGCCACAUUGCCUGUUUCUUCCUGGCUAAGGCCAAGUGAAGCUUUCAGAGUGCUUUAUCAUUUAUUGGCCCUUGAUUACAGUCCCAGAUGUUCAUGCAAUAAGAAGGUUAUGUUCUGUGCUCUAUCCCAAGGAAGACCCAUGCUGUUCUCAAGGACAGGUGAAGAACUUUGAGAUCUUCCUCCUGGCCUGUCCUCCAUGCCCGGGAGCUACCGUCAUCUUCAAGUUACAGAUGCACAUGUUGAAUGGAGCUCUUCUGGCAUUGCUCUUUCCUGUGGUAAAUACCCGGCUGCUCCCCUUUGAACUAGAGAUUUACUACAUCCAGCAUGUAAUGCUCUACGUGGUCCCCAUCUACCUGCUUUGGAAAGGAGGUGCUUACACCCCAGAGCCCCUCAGCAAUUUCCACUGGGCUCUUCUCUCGACUGGCCUCAUGUUCUUUUACCACUUCAGCAUCCUGCAGAUCCUCGGCCUGGUCACCGAAGUGAAUUUGAACAACAUGCUGUGUCCGGCCAUCUCAGACCCAUUCUACGGCCCCUGGUAUCGCAUCUGGGCCUCGGGACACCAGACUCUCAUGACCAUGACCCACGGGAAGCUGGUCAUCCUGUUCUCAUACAUGGCUGGGCCCUUGUGUAAAUAUGUGCUGGAUUUGCUCCGGCUUCCAGCCAAGAAAAUAGACUGAAGGUGCUUGGAUUUUUGUUUUGUUUUAGUUUUGGGUUUUUUUUGUUUUGUUUUGUUUUGUUUUGUUUUGUUUCGUUUCUCCCUGAGAAAGCAAAUCCUGACUUGAUUCAGAGAAUACCCAGCUCUUGACAAAAUCAUUGGAGAGGGCAAACAGAAUACUUGGUUUAUUUCCUCCCCCCCCCCCCUUCUCUGUCCCUUUCUUCCACUACUCUUCCCUCCCCAGCUCCAACCCUUGGAUGACUCUUGGUGCCCAGGGAAGGUGCUGGGGGCUGGAGCUUACUUCUUCUCCUCCCCUGGGUUCUGGGUCCCUACUGUGCCCCACUCCGUCUGCGUGGCCUUACCCAGGGAAAUGGUAGUUAGUGGCCCCUUUCAUACGGCUUGUUGGUGCUUUUAACAACAGCUGGUUGAGGAAGGAGGGGGCAACAAGCAGUAGUUCCUCCAGCAUCCCAGCCAUAAAAUAGUGUUGGGUUCAUGUCUCUACUGCCAGGGACCUCCAGGCUCAUGCUGGAAUCCCCUUUAAUCUCCAGCAUAGCCCCCACCAGAAGGGGACCAAGGCCUUGCUUCUACACCAGCCGCAAGCCCAGAGCCAAGGGACUUCCCAGUUCACAGCCAAAAUAUGAUUCUUCCAGUGACUGGUGUCCCAUGACUGAAAGCAGGGAGCUACCCAGCCACUCCUUCUAGGGUGCCGCCUGGGGUAGAUGGCAGCAACGCGCAGCCAAAGGGCAAGAUUCUGUACAGGGGUGUGGAAGAUCUGUUGCCACAAUGAAUCUGAAAGAAAGAGGGUAAAGGUGUACAUAGUACCAGGCUGAACCACCCUGUCCCCCAGGGGGAAAAAAAACAAACAAACCAAACUUUCCCUAUGAAAGCUGAGGUCAGAUCCCCAUCCGACAUGAGUGUAGAAAGGAAGAAAUCAACUAAAUCAAGUGGCAACUUGAGAAAGCUGUGAUCUGAAUCACAUUCUGUAUCACAAGGAUAAUAGACAGUGUUCUAGUCUCAGCUGCCCCUUGAACCAUCCUCAUUGUCUGUGUAUGUGUCUGUCUGUUUUUCUGUCUGAGGCAGCUUCAUGGAAGAACAAGCUGGAGUUGGGGCUUGGGUGCAGUUUGGCUGUUUGUCUUUUGGAUGUUUGAAAUGGGGGAAACCCUCACUUUUCUCUAAGGUACUAUCGAGCCAUUCCUGGCACUUAGAAGACAUGGCCAUGGUUCCUGAAGGCAGUUUUAUGAGGAUUAGAUUUCUUUCGUGUAGCUUGACUCUACUCAAGUGUUCUAUGUGGGGAGACGUCACUGGUUUUGCAGCUUGACAAUGUCCAAAACCCACAUGUAGGUUGAAAGGGAACUGCCUGGGCCCCAUAGGUAGAGGUUCAAGUGCUCGGAAGAGAGGAGCUUUGGUUGAAAGGUACUUGGUUGUGUGUGAACCACACAAAUGGUACCAGUGUCUGUGUAUUUGCUGACUCCUCGUCAACUUCUAGUAGAAAGAGAUUUGAUUAGGAAUAGAAAUGUUUGUACCAUGACCACCCCAUUGUCUUGUACCAGAUGCAGUAUUCAGUGUGAGUUUGUGGGUAUUAGGCCUAUGCUGACCUUCAGUGGCUUGGUGGUCAUGGUUUUACAAGAUGGAUUUGCAGGGGAAGCAACUGCAGGAGAGCAAAUGGAAACUAAGAGAAGCCAUUCUGGGAGAGGCCGCCUGGCCAUGAAGUGAUCUAGUCUGAGGUACUGAAAACAGGCAAGAACUCUUAGUAUGCUUGCUACCCUUGAUUUCCUGCCAUGGCAUCUUCACCCUCUGCCAUCUGUGAGGGCCAUGCCAAGCUUCCCUUGCUGUCUCUUCAGGUACUGACUAGCCCUGCUCACUCAUAGAAGUUGGUGGAUGAAUAGAUUGCAGGAACGCCGCCCUGGCCUGUAAGAGUAUGGAGAGGUCAUAGGAGGGGAGUCCAUGGGGCCUGACAGAGCUGUUACCACAACAUGUUGCUGCUACCUGCAGUGAUGGACGGCCUCAGCUGAGGGGACCAACUCCAGAAUGCCACAGAAGUGGGAGUGCCAUACACACUUCUUUCCCAUCUGAGGCUUCAUGGUCCAGGUUGCCAGGCACCUUGGGUCUCCCUAUAUCAUCAGUCUGCUUUCGUGCCAGCUCAGCAGACCAUUUUCUGGUAGUCAUUUCUGGUGCUCAGAGGAAGAGAGGAAACCCAAAGCCAUGUUGCCUGGCAUGGCUCAUACAUAAGGAAGCUAAAUGAAACAUUGUCGCUCCUUCAACAGACUCCAUAGGGAGACAGCCUGGUUGUGAGAAGUUGGAGAACAGGGAACCUCUUCACUAUCUAUAGAUCUCACUCUUACCUUGGUCCAAACCUACAUGGAAAGAGGUAACCUGCCUAGGCUCUUACAACUUUGCCAAGGGAGUUGUCCCUAGGUACGUCCAGCUGGUACCCUCUACUGUCUGUAGUACAGGGACAGAGAAGACAGUUUGCCCUGACAUUGAAGCUUCUCCUUGGGCCUGUCAUCCCCUUACCACCUUAGCCAAAGUUUUAUAUGUGCUCGACCAUCAUGUGUGAGCUCUGUGUCUGUUCGAGAGAGCUCAGAGAGGUAGCUAGCAAGAAGGAACGGUGUAUCUUCAAGCCCUCAUUGUCUGUGGUCAGGGGGCUGCACCAACAAGUACAGUUGGCUAAGCCAGCUUCUCUGAUUAUAGGUCCUUCCUGGCCCCAGUGUUUGCUUGUGUAUAUAAAAGACUUGGCCCAACGUCUUCUCAGAAGCCUAGCAGCAUGUUCUUCUGUUAUCCUGUGACAAGCUGUGGGGUUGGGGAGCCACUACCCACCUCUCUAAGUCUGUCUUCUGUCUUUUUGUAAAAUUCUUUGUACCUGUGGGGGUGGUCUAUGGGGUCUAUGUGGGCUAAGUAGGGUUGGCUAUGCACUUUAUUCUAUGGUUCCUCAGCCUACCUGUCAGACCAUCCCUUUUGCUGUAGCCUCUGUCAGGGGUUUGCUAUGUGUGAUCAUGGAUAAUUCAGAGUUUCGUGAUGUAAUUACAAGUUUCUCUCAGAUAGUUCAAUGUCAGCAGAGCUCUCUAUACAGUGGACCCCGGGGUUGGGGAAUGCCCUGAGCUGUGCUGGGCUGGGUGCUCAGGAGUUGGCAAAGGACCCCUUUUAACUUUCCUGCUGCCAAAAAGAUUUCUUUGGGAAUUCUGUCACCUGUCCUUUUUGGGACAAGGGUUUCUUAAUGGUUUCUACUGUAAGGGAGGCGGGGUGGGGGGGAGUAAAGGAGGAAUUCAGAUGCUCUUGGACAAGACACUGCUUCUGGUUUUAGUGAGCCAGGACCAAGCCUCAGGAAGUUCCCAAACCAGACUAGGAAGGAGUGCCCUAUCUCCUCCUGGCCCAGCCAUCUCUGGGGUAAAAGUCCAUUAGAGGAGUCAGGCUUCCUCUGGUAUAGGCAACGAGUUCGCUAUGCACAGGAAGACCGAGUUGCUUGCCGUUGCCCUUGUUUGUGACACUUGUACACUGAUUUGCCACUCAUGGCACUGAGCAGACACCCAUCCCUACUCAAUGAAAAACGAAUCAAAAACAAAAGUCCUUUGAAGCCUAAGAUGAUGUUUUGGAAAACUCUUGAUUUAUUUUGGUGUCAACGUUAUGUUAGAUUUGAAAGCAUUUUUCAUUUAUUUGAUGUAAUUGUAGCGAAAAGAACAGGAUUGAAUGGUGUACAGUUAUUUCUUCUGGGACAUUUCACCGAUGUCCUGUCCUCCAUCCUUCUUCUCAAGCUGAGACUGCCGUGUACUAUCACCCUAAUGUACAGGGCUCUUCUGAGAGCCCCUCUGUGAACUCUCUCGAUGGCAGCCAAAUCGAGCCUCUUUGUCAGGCUGCUUCUGGGGCGUUCAUCCCCAACCCCUCCAGUCUACCUCCCCUCUUCGGGUGUUUUUGUAAUGUGCUUUCUCUGUUUUGUAAAACCCCUUUGAUUGUAAUGAAGUGGUUUCUGCAGCCACCUUUUGGAAAUAAAUGGCCCUUAAUUUGUGUACUUAGCAUUUUGAAUCUUAGCCUCAGGUGUUUCUGCUGUUGAAGAUUCCUGAAUGAAAAGGAACCCUCCCAUGGGACUUAUUGUUACAAUGUUUUCUUCAUUUACUGUUAUUAAAAGAUUUAUGAGAA